CGCGGUGGCGGACCAGCUGGGCAGUGGAGCCUCGAAGCCCAGUUCCGGGGCGUGCACGGCUUCGCAGCAGACCGCCAGGAAAAAGAUGCAAGCCAACCCUAUCCGCAUCCCAGCAGUUAUCAGUGACAACGACUGGGACUUCUGCUUCAACCUGUCACAGCAAACCAGGACUCCAGAAUACCAGCAAACAGGUGAACUAUAUCCCACUUGUGGGCCUGGAGAGAGUGAAGAAGACAUUACAGUUCAGAAAGAGAAGAUGGCUAUUGUCUGUAUGUCUUUUCCUGAAGAGAAAUUAGCUCAGUCACAGAAGAAAGUAGCUCAACUGAUUAAGAAAAAAAUGAAUACCCAAGCAAACAGGGAGCUGAUACGAUGUGUUAUCCUCUCUCAGAGUAUUUUUGGAGAAGAACACUAGAAAUAUGCACAAGCUUUGACUAACCUGGCUUAUGGCUCCCUGACACUGAGAGGCCUCCCAGCCCAAGCCAAGGAACAUGCUGAAUCUGCCAAGAACACACUCUUGACCUGGAAGGGAAAAACAACCUCAAACAAGGAGAAAAAGGAAAUCACAGAAGCUCUGGUCAUGCUCUACUACACUCUGGGAGUGGCCUGGCUCCUACAGAACCAUGGCAGAGAGGCCUAUUUCAACCUGAAGAAAGCAGACAGAAACAUAAAGGGGCUGAAAGAAUUGAACAAGGGAGAUGUUUGUGGAUUACAGGUCUCAGAGAAAGACCUAACAAUUGCAUUGGGCAGAGCCUCCUUGGCUAUCCACAAGUUGAACCUAGCUCUGGCAUAUUUUGAAAAGGCAAUUGGCAGUGUUAUUGCUGUCAAGGGUGAUGGCACAUCAGAUCUGAUCAGUCUGUAUGAGGAGAUUGCCCAGAUAGAGCAGCUGAGGAGGAACCACAAGCAGGCCAUCCAGUACUUGAAGCAGGCUCAUUCUAUCUGUGUUUCUUCGUUCACUGAAAUCAGCUCCCAAACUGCAGAGGUGGGCGCAUUAUUAGCCAAAGCUUAUGCCAUGUCUGGAGAGCCCCAGCACAAGGAUGCUGUUGAGGUGUAUUUUGCAAGAAGUACCAGUGCAUAUCAAGCAACACUGGACACAAAGAACUGUGUAACAUUGACCACCAUUGAAGAAUUUUGCAAAUGGCUUGCCCAAAUUGGGAAAAAACAGGUAAAUAUGUCUAACUCAUAGAUGUAAUCACUAGUUUGUUUAUUAGACCUGGGCAAUCUUUUUUCAGGUCACAAUUCAGAAAGUGGAGCUGAGACAAAUCCCAGGUAAAACUAGAAAUAACACACAGGGCUGGUGAUGGGUGGAAUUUUAAUAAAAAAGCAUUUUUCUUGGAUCUCUGUACCUGAAGUCCUUUAUAUCCAGGACAUAGAUAAACUCUAACUUAUUCAUUUAAUAUUUUAAAUAAAAAUUGGCCUCCACCAAUUUGGACCUAGCUACCAAUGUUUUUUCUUUCAUAAUGGUUUUUCCCUCUGACAUUCUUCUCUUAUUGGGCACAAUUUUGUUUUCACAUUAUAAAAAGUUAUAGAACUGCGAAAAAGGUGAUAUUAUAAAUAUAGCAAUACCCUGUUCACAAACUUAAUUAUUUCCACAAUUCUGGUUGCAAACUGAAUUGGACAAGAACCAAAUCAAAUUUCCACAUAAGG